AUGUGUGUGUGACACUUCUCUCGCGAAUUUACGAUAAAAUGGCUACCAACAUGUUAAAGUGCAAUAGUUGCAAUGUGGUUAUUAAUGAAGUUCUCGCCUUCAUAUGUAACAAAAUUGAUGUUAUGGAUGAGGAGAGCAUUAACCGUAUAUGUGUUAGUGCGUUCUCGGAAACUGAGGUGAAAAGUGCGAAAGACUUAUUAUUUCAAUCUGUCGCCACUGCAAAACGCAAGAAGACAAGGAAACGAGACGGCAAGACGCUCCGCGACAUUGAUGAUAUCAUUUGUCUCCUCAAAGAAACAAAUCCUGAGGAAAUACCUGUCUUCGUUGCUCGAGACUUGCAAAAGUUACCCCCAGUGUUGUUUGACCACGUAGAUGUGACCCGAUUGCUGAAAGAUUUACUGAGGAUGCAAAGUGACAUAAAUCAAAUAAGGGAAGAGUAUGCGACAGUGGAACAUUUACAAGCCAUAAAGUCUGAAGUUGGUUUGUUAAAAAGUACGGUGUGUGCGUCUCCGGGCACGAGUACCGGCAACAAGGUGAACAACUUGGAUAACACGACAUUCACAGAGGAAAAUAAAAGUAAAAACACGAAUGUAAUCCCUGUAUCGCAGAUAAUACAUACAAAAAUCGCUGAGAAAAAUUUUUGUAACAAAGAAAUCGAUUUACAAAAUGAGGGUGAACAUAAAAUCCCUAGUUCGCGUUCGACGCAUCUAGCAUGUUCGCCGAGACCGGCGCGUGCGCCUCUCCCGCGCGCGCCCGUCCCCAGCCCUCCCGUACCUGUCAUGUCGCUUAGUCAAGGACACACGGACGGAUCGAAUGAACAACAACAAUCGCAAGCGAAACGGACAAGUUUUGCUAACAUCGCGCGGAAUGGAGUAUGGAAACAAGAUCAACGAAAUGAGGAAUGGAUAAAAGUUCAAAGAAAUAGAGUAAAGAACAAGUUUGUGGGUACAAGGGGGAAGGCCGAAACUGCACCUAAUACAAAUUUUAAGGCGGCCGAUAGAAAAAUACCUGUAUAUAUUUAUAAUGUGGCGAAGGAUGUUACCGUGUGUGACAUAUUAGAUUAUAUUGCGAGUAAAACAAAUGUUGAAGUGUCAAUUGAAAAGAUGCAAAUGACUUUGGCCAAGGAAUAUGAUUCAUAUAAAAUAUUUGUCCCUGGAAGUAAAUUAUUUGUUUUCAUGGAAAAGGAUUUUUGGCCUGUGGGGAUAGCUUUUCGUCGUUUUAUAAAUUUUGAAUGGCGCAAACGCGAAAAGAAAGUUUAAACAAAUUUACCCACAUGACAAACACAAUCAAACUUUGCAGUUUUAAUUGUAAGGGAGUGAACAGAUCGGAGCAAUGUAUAGCGCGACUUUGUAAACUAGCCGAUAUUGUGGCGUUGCAGGAGACAUGGCUUUUGCCACAUGAUAUUCCUUGCUUGAGAAAAUUAGACGUAAAUUUUGCAUAUACGGGAACGUCGGCGGUGGAUACAUCAGCUGGUAUUUUGAGAGGCAGACCCUAUGGUGGUGUGGCGAUUCUCUGGAGAAAGGAGAUAUUUCCGACGGCAACAGUGAUUGAGUGUUCUAAUGUGCGUUUAUGUGCGGUGAAAUUAGAGUUGCACAAUCGCGCGAUACUAGUGUUCUCGGUGUAUAUGCCCACUAACUCCGUUGAUAACUUAGUAGAAUUUACUCAGUGUUUAUGUGAGAUCAACGCAAUAAUAGAGAAUAACAGUGUUGAGUCUGUGUUCAUGCUGGGAGACUUCAACGCUCACCCAGCAAAAUCAGACAAUAGUGGAAGAAGAAAUAAGGACUCUAAUAGCAGACAAUCAGAAAUUGUCUCAACAAGUGGGGAUGCUAUUGAAGGAGAAGUUAGACAAUGCUAGAGCCAAUAGCCACAAUCUGGACUACACCAAGGAGUUGGAGGAGUUUAGAAAACAAGUCUCUUUGCUGGCAAAGGAACGAGACUCACUUCAUGUACUCUGGCAAACCUCACAGAAGACUAUAGAUGCCCUGGAAACUGAAUUGAAGACUUACCAGAGUUAUGACAGUGGGGGAAAGAAGCCCUCAACAGAAGAACGAAGAGAUUUUGAACUAAAACUCGAAACAGCAUUAACAGAUUACAUCGACCUCGAAAACAAGCACAAAGACUUGCAAACGAAACACGCUGUAUUAGAAAACGACUUGAAAAGCCGAGAGAAAGAGAUAGCAGCAUAUAAAGAGAGAGGCAAAGAGUUAGAAGAGAAGUUGAGUGACGUCACAAAGAGUUUAGAAGAAUAUAAAAUCAAUUUUGCGGUGGAGAAGAAAAAUAGUGAAGAUUUAAAAGAACAGUUGGGACAGUAUCAGAAGGAAUGCGCUGAAAAAUCGAAGAGGGAAGUGGAAGCUAAGUCUAAAGUAGCAGAAGCAUUACAACUGUACGACGAAGUGUCGAAACAGAAGAAUGAAGCUUAUAGAACUGUACAGGAAUUAUCUAGAGAAAUAGCCCAACUGAAACACACAUUAUCGAACAUAAGACAGGAGAUAGAGACGUCGUGUAGGAAAGAAAUGGACGAGGUGAAGGAGAAGUACAAUGAGAAAGUAGCCGACAUGUUACAACAUAUUAGGAAUUUGGACGCUGAGCUCGUGGAGAAAGGGUUGCUACUGAAUAAAACUAUAAGGGAAAACAAAAUACUGCUGGCUUCCAACGAAAGUUACUUGAAACAGCAAAAGGAUUCAUUGAAGUCGGUAGAUCCGAAACUUGCACUAGCCGAACAAAAACUAGAAGUCAUGUUUCAAGAAUUGGUGGCAUCAGAAAGGCGCAACAUGCAACUAGUAUGUGAGAAGCAAUGUCUUGCUAUCGACAUACAAAGGAUGCAGGACGUCCACGCGAGGGAGAUCAAGCGACGCGACUGGGAGGAACAACUUCUGAAGACACAAUGCGAGGAACUCAAAUUACAAGUGGAGCAUCUCCAGAAAUCGUUAGAAGAAACUCACGGGAUGGUGAACAAACUGCAAACUAUGCUUGCCUCCAGAACUGAACUUAAUCAUAAGAUGGUGACAACCAAAGAAGAGGAGGUGAUAGAACUGAAUAAACAUUUAGAAAAUCAAAUGGAGCUUAGUAAAAAAUGGAAAGAGUCCUACUUAGAAAUGACAGAAAAACUGAAGAAGAAACUUGAUGAAAUGCAGAAAGAGAAUAAAGAACUAAGGUCAAAGUUAAAACUGCCUUACAUUGGCUCUUCAGAGGAAAGUAACAGCUAACAUUUGAAUAUAGAUAAUGUGUUUAAGAAAUAAAGUAGAAAAUACGAUAGCACCUGCUCACAUACAUUGUUAAAUAGAUUUCAAUCUUAAGUUUCUUAAAAUAAAGUCUAUUUUUGUUUACAUUGAUGAUUAAAGAUAUCAACAAGUAAGCAAGGCAAGCCUAGCUCUCAGACAUGGUCUAACGUCUAACCUAAGAUAUUUGAUAAUUAAAAAUCGACCUUACCACUAUAGACAAAGGUUCCCCAUUGUCUUGUACCCAAUGCUCCAAUAAACAUACCUCUAUGAAAAAUGUAUUCCUAAUAUAAUUUUAAGAGUGUU